AUGUAUGGCCCAGUACCAUCAUCUGAACCUGCUCAAGCUUGGCAACAGCAGAACGGGUAUGAUGCUGUUCAAGCCCAGAUGGCAGCUGCUGGAUAUCAAGGUGACUGGUCAAGCUAUGUGUAUGCAGAACAGCAGUUGGGUUAUCCAGAACAGUAUGUGCAGCAAAGCACCCAGGAAUACGAUGUGUUAGCUGACCCUAGUAUAUCCCAGGAUCCGAGGUUCAUGACUCAAGCAGACAAGGAUCGGGGUUUAGGUUCUGUUUUCAAACGUGAUGAUCAAAGGCUUAAUCAACUGAGGGAAAAAGAUGCACGGGAGAGAGAUCCAAAUUUUAUUUCAGAUAGUUACUCAGAGUGUUAUCCUGGUUACCAGGAGUAUAAUAAUGAGAUUGCAGGAAGCGAUGAUGAAGAUGAUUUAUCGAAGAUGGAUAUGGGUGGACGGGCAAAGGGCCGUCUUCACAGGUGGGACUUUGAGACUGAAGAGGAGUGGGCCAAGUACAACGAUCAGAAAGAAGCCAUGCCGAAGGCUGCCUUCCAGUUUGGGGUGAAGAUGCAGGACGGCAGGAAGACUAGGAAGCAGAACAAGGACCAGAAGCUCACGAAUGACCUCCACAAGAUCAACAAGAUCCUGGCUAGGAAGAAGGGCGAGAAAGAUGGGGCGGAAGAUGGUGGUCACUUUGAUGAUGAUUUACCUAGCUCGAAGAAACAGCGUGGCUGA